CGAAGACUGUGAUUAGGAUCAUGCCAGGGGUUGAGAUGCAGCAUCCCUAAUAACCGUGGCUUUCGUCCAAUCCGCUUCAAUUGACGUGCGAGUCUGUGAAGCGGAUUGUUCUGUCCAUUUGGCUUGCAGCAGGCUGACUCAAACACUAACUGUGUCCAAAAGUGGAACAGAACUGCGCUUUGGUGUUUUUGACACUGCACCUGCUACGGAUAAUCUCGUUAUGAUGACAUUCAGAAACACCUCCUUGGAUUUAUUCUCGCAGUUUUAUAUCUUGCAGAAUUUAUCCACGUUUUUUAAUUUCUCUUUGGACGCGAUGUACGACAGAGGAGCGAAUUACGAGUCUGAAUCCCACAGACCGACCAUCAGAGCGCUGCUCAUCGUCGCAUAUUCCGUUAUUAUAGUCAUCUCGCUUUUCGGAAACGUGGUGGUUUGUCACGUUGUUAUUAAGAAUAAAAGAAUGCACUCAGUGACAAGUUUGUUCAUCAUGAAUUUAGCCAUUGCUGACAUCCUUAUAACUCUCCUCAACACGCCUUUUACACUGGUUCGAUUUGUUUACAGUACCUGGGUGUUUGGGAAGGUGAUGUGCCAUGUGAGCCGCUUUGCACAGUAUUGUUCUGUCCAUGUCUCGGUUCUUACACUGGUUGCCAUUGCCAUUGAUAGACACCAGGUGGUUAUGCAUCCAAUGAAACAGCGGAUGUCUCGACUUCAGGGUGUAGCCUGGAUUGGUGUCAUCUGGGUGAUGGGGUCCUGCUUCUCUCUACCUCAUGCCAUCUACCAGAAACUGCUGCGCUUUGAAUUUGUCAAUAACAGAGUACGGAUGGUAUGUCUGCCCAGCUUCCCUCAUCCCUCCGAUCUCUUCUGGAAAUAUCUGGAUCUUGCCACCUUUGUCCUCCUCUACGUAUUGCCUUUAGCGAUUAUCUCCUUAUCAUACCUCGUGGUGGCAAAGAAGGUUUGGUUCCGGAAUGCCGUCGGUGAUGUCACACUGGCUCAAUCGGCCGCUCAUCGCAGAAGGAAGAAGACAACUUUGAAAAUGCUGAUCGCAGUGGUGGCUGUGUUUGCAGUCUGCUGGUUUCCUCUGAACUGUUACGUUGUGCUGCUGUCAAGUAAAAUGAUCCAGGCUAAUAAUGCCCUGUAUUUUACUUUCCACUGGCUGGCCAUGAGCUCUACCUGCUACAACCCCUUUAUAUACUGUUGGCUCAAUCACAGCUUCCGUGCAGAACUCAGAGCCCUGCCUUUAAUUGGCCGUAUAGCCAAGGGCAAUGCCAUCCAGCAAUCCUAAGGAAGAAGCCAAGAUUUUGCCAUUCUUUUUUCUCUUUUAGAAUUCCGUUGGUUUUAUAAACACAUAUUUGCAUAUGAAGGCACUGUAACAGUUUAUCCCUCUCAUUUCCCAUUCUAGUGAUGCGGUUUCUCAUUUUUAUCCCACCCAUGGCUAUCAUUUAGUCCUCUUCCACCUUAGUGAAAGUGACAACUAAACCCAUCUCCUUUGAAAAAACACUAUGUUGCAUAGAAGAGAUGACAUAAAUACAGGAGUUACAAGAUGUUAUAUAGAAACUUUGUUCUAUUUUUCGAGAACAAAAAAGUUUCUCUAAUGGCAAGAAAAUCAAAUACACUCCAUAGUAGACAAAUCUGAACAAAUUAAAAAACAUUGACAUCAUACACUUCCUGAAAAACUGGGCAUCAUAAACAACUGAGGAUCACACACUUCUAGUCUCUCACACAGAAACAUGCUUCGCUGACAAAUAAAAAUAAUGUGUUCUAAAACUGGCUCAAAAUAUCAAACUUGUUUGAUCUACUAAUGGAUGGGAUCGUAGUCUGAAGCAAAAAAAAAAAAAAAAAAAAUUCAGAGUUUGUGCCCAUCAUAUACUUUGCGAUUUUCUGUGAAACUCCAGCUGCCCAAAAUCUGCAGAUUGUCUCUGACUUCUGUCUACAGGCAUCGAAAGUCAUGUAGUGUAUUUCGACCUUUGGUAAGUGGCUUUUUAAUAGCACCACAUCACAAACACAAUUACAUAAAAGCGAGCAAAAGGUUUAUUUUGGUUUUAAGUUGGAAAUAACUGAAUGAGAUUAUUAGGCUAAUUUAUGCUAUACUUAACUGUAACAACUAUUAUGUAAUUAUAAUUACAUUUUUACAGUUUCUCUUGCACUGCAAUAAUUUCAUAUCAGGGUCUUAUUUAUUUGUUUUAUGUAUGUGUUUUUUUUUGUUUUUUUUUAAUCACAGCCAUAUUUAAUUCACUUAUCUCCAUGCAUGAGUAAUUCUCAGGCAGCACUGUAUUACAUGUAUGGACAUUGCUACAAUCUAUGAAUUAAAUUUACAGUAUUCUCAGAUAUUAAUGGUGUAAAAUAUAGGUGAAGUAAAAUGAAUUGCAGUUUCAUGCAAUUUUAGCCCUCUAAAUAUGUUCUUUUUGACAUUCUGGGCAUUUCAGAGAAUGGCUGUUAAUAGUGAUUUAUUGGGGGAUGUUAUAGAGAAGAAUGUUAUAUUCAUAUGUUCAUAUGAUGUAUUAUAGAUACACAGCUAAAAUGCUUGUGGUGUUAUUUUUAACAGCUAUACGCUCUCUUCUGGGGCAAACAAUCUGACCUUAAAAUAAAUUACUUUUUUUAUAUAUAUAUAUAUAUAUAUAUAUAUAUAUAUAUAUAUAUACAUAAUGCUACCUGUGUUAGUAUUGAUUAUACAAAUUAGGGUGGCCAAGUCUCAGGGUUGAGCUUUCAUUCACACCUUGCUGAAUUAUUCUUACGCCAUUAAGUAUGUAUGAACUGAGCUCCCACACAUUGCUCUUGCAGUAAGCAUGAAUAACUGUUGCAGUUUAAAGGGGGGGUAUCACACACAGUUUCUGGCAAUCUCAUGUUAAUCGUAAGUACCUAUAGAGUAGUAGUGCAUCCUUCAUAUCUCCAAAAAGUCUUUAGUUUUAUCAUAUUUAUAAAGGAUACAUACGCUGUACCGAGACUUUCCGAAAACAGCCGAGCGACUGGAGGCGUGCUGUGUGAGCGGAGCUAAAGAGCGAAAAGCACACGCAGCUUUUGCGUAGCGAUCGUCUGCAAGCUAUCAAUGGUCAGCUAAACAAAUGUAUUUAAACACACACAAUGCACCAUCGCAUUAUCCCUGAAUAACUUUUGAAUCACUAUAAUGAAUAUAGCGUAUAGUGAAUGUUGAAUAAUGAAUUUAUGAAUUCACUACGUUUGUGUUGUUUACAUUAUAUGCACUUAGGCGCCUAUUGCCAACAAAACAGACGUUUGAAGCAGUUUUACUCACCACCUGCGGUUCCGACUCAUGACCGGGAUCAUUAUCGCUGUGACCGCUCCAUCUUUUAGUUUCAAACGAUCUAUAAAUCCAGCGUAGAAUUGGGCCUUGUUUAUGAAACCUUGUUUAUGAGUGGCUGCUCGAUCCUGAGGGCUCGAGCAGCCAUGGAAAAACACAAAUAUUCUCCAUUCAUUUUAACCAAUAAAAAAGUGAUUGCAACUACCAGUUUCUAUGGUUAAUUUAAUAACAAAUAUCGAGAGCGCAUCAAUGUAAUGCGUGAGCACAAAACUCUCAGCUCCACUUAACACUGGGUUCUUUAGGAAGCAAGGUUAUCUUUCCCUCACAACCAAAAACACACUUCUUUGGUGACAUUUUUGAUUUCGUGAAGUCCUGUGACCUGUGCAGCGCUGCCAACGACUUCCGUAAACCCGAACGCGUGUUGAUGGGCGUGCUUUUGCUCUCUUGCUCUGGUCGACGUGUGUGCACGCGCUCUUCCGGGAGAAGUGCCCGUACAAGAAAUUCCGACCUUUAUGAUGUCACACAGGCCCAUACUCGAAAAAAUGACCGCAAAGCUUGUGAGGAUUUGGAAGAAUUUUUGGCACAGAAAUACUCCAUCAUACGUCCAACUCGUGUUUUGAAACUUUGGCCAUGUUUAGCAUGAGAAUGCAACUCUUAAACAGUGUAAAUACUGUAAGUCAGAAUACAUGAAAUAGCAUUAUACCCCCCCUUUAAUGUGUCCAGUUUGACCAGUAGCCUUUAUCUGACAGUGUUAAUUAUUGUCAGUAUUUUUUGCAGAUUAUGACAUGCAAUGGACCAAGUCUUAAAACUGUGCAAAAACACUUUCUGAGGCUUUUCUUAUGUGCAUAUGCAAAGAAUAAAACAAUCCUUAGUGAACAAAACCUAUAAAUUAAAUAUUGUUUAUCUUCUCGGAUCUGACGUUAGGCUUAUUGUAAUUCAAUUCAACUACAAUAACGGAGGUGGUAAUUAGAAGGUAAAUGGAUCGAUUACUGCAGAUAUUGUGCCCUUGAGCAUGGUACUUAACCCAGUGGCUGCUCCAGUUGCUCCUAUGGUGCAUUUCGUAAAAGCUUUGUUUGCCAACUAUGGUCUCAAGUUCCGUCGUUACCAACAUAGUUCAACAAUUUGGCGUUUCCCAAAACCAUACUUCCAACAAACAUUUGCAAACAGCGUCGUAAACUAAUGUGGUUGGAACUACAGCUCUCAAGCUGUUUUUAGAAGCAUAGUUAAAUGACAUGUGGACUUAGAUCUGUGGAAUAGAUCAUGCUCUUGGGCAAAAUAAGAGUUACAAUCACUGAGUUACAUUGUAUGGGAAAUGCACCCCUGUGAAGUUUGAAUUACAAGUCUAUGUAAAAUUUCCACAUGCUUACUAACAGCAGGGGUGGCCAUGGGGCAACAUCUAAAAAAUGACUAUACUUGCUUUUUUUUCUAACAACACUACAUCUUGGGUAAAAUGGGGGAAAUUAUUUGCACAGGACAUGGUGUAAUAGGACUGUAGGAAGUACAACCUAAUAAUAAACCUGCCAGAAGGGUAGUUUUUCAUCACUACUUUUCUUAAAGGAUGUAUUGACUUUUGUAUUUGUUAUGGCGCUAUUUAACAGUUGUAGGACCUUCCUUUAUCACAGUUUUAAAAAUGCAAUUUUUGAGCAUUGUGCGUAACAUCAGUUUGUCAGUUUCUGUUCUUUGUAAAAGAUCUUAAAAAUUUCUUCUUAAAAUCCCCAAAUAUUUGAAAUUUAACAUCAGCAACAGCAGGACCAAUUAUGUGAUGCCAUAGCAAACAAUACCAUGAUUUCAGUGUUCACUGAGUCCAUGUUUUUUUUUUUAAUAAAAUACAAGAAUAAGAUUAAAAGAACUAAUCAGCUAUUGAUAAAGUAAAAAAAAAAAAAAAAAAAAAAAAACUGCAAUUAACUUAGCUUCUCUGAGAUAAUAUACAUAAGCAGUACAUGUUUUGGUCCCACUUUAUAUUAGGUGGCCUUAACUACUAUGUACUUGCAAUGUACUUAUUGUGUUCAUAUUAUAUUGCAAAACACUUUUGCUGCUAUUGAGGUGGUAUACCGGGACAGGAUUUGGUGGUAUGGGUAGGUUUAAGGGUGGGUUAAGGUGUAAUGGAUGGGUCAACAGUGUAAUUAUAAAUGUAAUUACAGAAAAUAAUUACAGAUGUAAUUACAUGUAUGUAUUUUUUUUAAAUAUAAGUACAAUGUAAAAACAUGUAUGUACACAAUAAGUGCAUUGUAUCAAAUGAUUAAUUUAAAUGCAAGUACAUAGUAAUUAAGGCCACCAAAUAUAAUGUGGGACCCAUGUUUUAAAUAUCUUUAAAUAUCUUUGAGCAACAUGCUAACAUCCAAAUGGACAUUUAAUCAGACAUUUUAUGACCUCAUCCAUAUACAAAGAAUGGCAAAGAUGGCAUGAUAGGGAAAACAUUACAGUUUAGUUGGAUGGUGGGAUGAAUUUAAAAUGUUAGGAUUGUGAGUAAAAAGUGCAUGAGUAGUAAAUGUGACUCUUAAACGUUUUUUUUUUUAGAUGCUGAUGCUGUGCCCUGCAUAGACAAAAUGUAACAAAACAGCGUCCACAUGCUUUUAUCUAUUGAUCCAUCAGUCAAAUCUAAAAAUACACCAAAAGCACAUUUAGUCCAUAGAGAGCUUUGUCAAGACAAGACAUCACGCCAUUUGUCUGUCCAAACUGAGCUAACGGUGACUGUUAUAUUGAAUAUAGGAUACUCUUGCCCAGUGGGUGGGUAUUUACUUUGAACUACUGCAAAAAGAGUACUUUACACAUAUCAUUAAAUCCAGCCACAAAAGAACUGAAUAUAUUGUUGCAUAGUUAUUUUGAUGCAUUAAAUUCCUAUGUUGCUAUUUGA